AUGCGGCCUUCAAACGUCAGGUCGCUCGCUGAGACACCGUUUAUCAAUGUAACCUACCCGGAGACCGGGGAGCGCUCUUCACAACGACGGGUUAUUCACUCCUACGCUGCUCGGAAAGCUCAUGCCAGAGUGAGGGUUGCUCGUGUCAAAGCAUACCAAAUUUCCAACGCCAUUGAGUCCCAAAAAGAGCAACUAUAUCGCUUACAAAAAGACGACCAAAGUAUAAGAAAACCCCCAUUACCAGAGUUGGGGGUUGGGCUAGAGCAUGGGACUGCAGUGGUAGCCAUGCCGAAGAGUGGUCUAGGCGGGCUGGAUUCGGGGAGGGGAGAUCCUUUUAUGAGCUUUGUAAGGCCAUUCACGAGUAUGGAGCACUUUUUACUAGACCAAUUUCCUGGGUCGGGGUUUGUGGAUAGCAUGAUUGAUGAAUGGAUACGACUCGGCCUCAGCGAUUUGGGGUUCCUAAGCGGUAUUUUCCUCACCGCGUCACGGUAUCUAUCCGUUUUCCACCAGCCACACCAACCACACCAUCAUCAGUUAUUUACUGAACACGCUACCCAGUAUAAGCUAGUCUGCUUAAAGACUUUGAACGAGGCCAUCUCCUCCAGCACUCUGCAAGGGCCAUUUAGCGACCCAGUUAUAGCGGAGACGAUGAUAUUGGCGUUGGACGAAAUCUCUUUAGGCGACUUUGAGACGUCUAGGCGACACAUGAAAGGGGCACUGAGGAUGGUGGAGCUUAACGGUGGCCCGCAAACUUUGGGCCUGAAUGGUUUUCUUGAGAUGGUUCUUCACAAGUUUAUUAACCAAGUGUCAUACCAUGAAUAUGGUGUCUACCACUUGCUUUACUUUCUCUGA